AUGCCUCUGCUGCAGGUUUUUAUCCUGUCUGUUCUUGAGGCCUGUGCCCUGGAAAGCUACAUUGUGGCCAUCCAUGAGCACAAUGUCAUCUUGUCACAGAACAGUGAAAUACCUGUUUUGCCUGAGGAUGCCUUCAUGCUAAUGGACAAAAAUAUGGAUAUUUUGGAAGCAGCCAUCAAAGCAGCAACAAAACAGAGUGCCCAUAUCAUUGUGACUCCUGAGGGUGGCAUUUAUGGCUGGCUCCUCACAAGGGAAACAAUAUACCCUUAUCUUGAGGAUAUCCCAGACCCACAGGUGGACUGGAUUCUAUUACAACCUUUUGUGACAGAGAAACAGUUUAAUUAUCCCAAGAAGCCAGAAUUUGUGACUUUCAAUAUAUCCUUCGAAUACUUUGGCAUUUUCACUUGUGCAGACAUACUCUGCCAUGACCCUGCUGUGGUCUUGACAAGCAGAUUUCAGGUCGACACCAUACUAUUCCCAACAGCUUGGGGUAAUACUCUCCCACUUCUGUCAGCUGUCCAGUUCCACUCAGCAUGGGCUGUGGGACUGGGUGUCAACUUUCUUUCAGCGAAUACACGCAGCUCCAGUUUGGAUAUGGCAGGGAGUGGUAUUUAUGCCCCUGAUAGUCCAAGAGCAUAUCAUUAUAAUACAGAAAUGGAAAAUGGUCACUACUUGGUGACAGAACUGAGUUCACACCCACAUCUGUCUCCCACUUAUCCUGCUGCUGUUAACUGGAAAUUGCAUGCCAGCAGCAUCGAACAGCUUCCAUCAAGUGACCAGCACUUCAGUGGAGUUUUUUACCAUGAUAUCUUCUCCUUCACUGAACUCACUGAACCUGAGGGAAAUCCUGCCGUUUGCCAGAAGGACCUCUGUUGCCAUUUGAGUUACAAGAUGGCAGAAAAACAAAAAGAUGACAUUUAUGUUUUAGGUGCUUUUGAUGGGCUACAUACCGUUGAAGAACAGUAUUAUUGGCAGAUAUGCGCACUGCUGAAGUGUAAAAGCACAGACCCGAAAAGCUGUGGGCAGCCCGUGGAGACUGCACAGACCAGGUUUGACAUGUUCUCCCUGAGUGGCACGUUUGGCACUAGCUAUGUCUUUCCAGAAGUCCUGUACAGCGGGGUUCAGCUGGCCCCUGGGGAAUUUGAGGUGCUAACUGAUGGACGUCGGAUAAGCCAGACUCGUACAUCUAGAGCAGUUUUGAGUGUAAGACUCUUUGGAAGGUGGUAUGAAAAGGACCCACCACACACAGAACAAGCUUCACCGUAA